CAGAUUUUCUACUUUUACAGCCCAUGAGUGUUUAGAUCACCUCACAAAACAAGAAAAACAAAGGGUCGUAUUUGGGCCUGGAUGUUGAACAUGCCCCACAGUCUACCCAAGGAAGUACCCAUGGCUCCGAGGGACAGCUCCCUUCCAGCCAACACCAAAGGAUCUCCAGGUGUGUGUGACCAUGACCGGGCCUGUGGUCGAAGCUACUCGUGUGACCGUCACUUUGGCCUCUGUGUCCCUCUGCGUGGGGAGGGCCAGUACUGCAGAAGGGACACUCAGUGUGUCAGAGGACUCAGCUGUAUGUUUGGAAAGUGCCACCGUCGCAUUCCCGAGGGGCAACAGGGCGCUAGGUGCAAAGUAGACCGGGACUGCGGUGAGUCCAUGUGCUGUGCCCGUCACCACGGUGAGCAGGUGUGCAAGCGCCGUCUGUUGGUAGGUGAGAGCUGCUUUGUGCCUGAUGGUGGCCUGGCAUUCAGCAUCAAUCAGAUCUGCCCAUGUGAUGAAGGCCUGCUGUGCCGUGGUGCCACAAAACCCCACAAGAGAGAGAGGGAGUUUAUACACCCUGGCACCACAUCUUGGACCUGCCAAGCCCCAAGUUCUUGAUGACAGUGUUGACCACAUUUAAAUCAGUUAUUAUGUAAACAUGUUGUGUAUGCCUAUAUGUCUGUAUAUAAUGUAAAUAUCAACAAAUUGACUUUUAUGUUAGUGUCCACUUUCUAUAUUUUGACAAAUGCACUAUUUAGCUAGGGCUAGUUAGCUAUUAGCCAAUUACUUUAAGUUGUGUAUUGUCAAAGUAAAUAUUGACUAAAAUUUUAUUUAAGUCACCUGGCCAUGUCAGAAAUGCUCUGUACAACUUCCGUUGAUAUGAUAUUAUGGGAUACGUAUGACUAAAUAAACUCUAAAAUGAAAACUGUUACUCAGUAAGAGGCAUUUGAUUCCUUUCUCUUUGGCAGUCACGUUUGUGUGCUUCAUAAUUUCAUGUCUCGCAUGCACAAUAGG